AUGAUGAUGGACCCCAGAUCAAAUCUCACAACAACCUCACAUGGGUAUCCCCUGUCCAGCUACUGCGUUGGCCUUCGAAAGGCCUUGGAUACAGUCCCGGAAGGCAACACCCGGAAUGCCGUACGCAAUUACUAUCCCUGGAUAAGAAAUGACGGACCCAACACCCCACUGGAGAACAUAUUCGCAGGCCUCAGGCUAGAUGAUAUCUUCGCCCUUACAUUGGAAGAUCGUUACGCAUACCAAACGUCAAUACAACCGAAGUUUCUCACCAAGCUUCCGCCGGAGAUCAUAUAUCGAAUCCUAAGCUUCAUGGACCCAGAGGAUUACAUAGACUUUGCUGAAGUAUCGCCCCUUGCACUCGAACUUUCGAACAACCAGGUUAUAUCAGAGUUUCCUGAACUCUCAACCAAAAAAUAUCAUAUCAAUGAUGAUCCAUCAAAGGGACCAAUGUCGUAUCUGGAGCGGGACCCUGAUCGAAGAAAUUAUGCUACCAUACCUGAGUUCUAUAGACAGUCUGAAUGGGAACGGGAAAGACCCUGCAUGUUAGGUGUUUGGGACGAUUACGAUUCUAAUGUCGAUCUCGAUUCGCCGCCGUUGAUGCUCACACACCAGCAACCAGACCUCUUCACCAAGCUUCCGCGUGAAAUCAUCUACAGAAUCCUCAGCUUUAUGAAUGCAGAAGACUAUGUAGGGUUUGCCGAUACCUGUCGACUUGGUCUCGAACUUUCAAACCAUCAAGUUGAAUUUGAACACCUUGAGUGUAAGGCUAAACACAAGAACCCGGAAAAAGAGGGGGAACCAUGGACUCCUCUAGAUCAGUGGUCUGGCCUCAGAAAUUAUGCUUUGGCACACAAGAUGAUGGCACAGCUCUUCAGGAAAGUAGCGGCUGAAGAGCGCAAGGGAUGUUUUCCGCUCGGAUGGGACAAGGAGGACGAGGAGGAGGAGGAGGAGGAGCCACUCAGGAGGAAUACCAGAGCUGAAAGGCUCAUGGGGUCUUUUUGUUUCCAGUGUUCACGAGAGGUGGACGAUGACGAUGACGAUGUCACGAUCAGGCUUCGGCAUGAACGUCACCAUUGUAAUGUGUAA